AUGAAGUCAGAUGGUUCUAUUGAGCGAUACAAAGCUCAUUUGGUUGCUAAAGGUUUUACCCAAGAGUAUGGUAUGGAUUAUAAGGAGACUUUUGUCCUAGUUGCCAAGAUGACAAUUGUUCGUGCUCUUAUUGUUGUAGAUUUUCAUGUUGCAAAUAUUCUUGACCGCGCUCGUCUCACUGAUAAUCGAACUGUUGAUACUCAUCUUAAGGUUAAUGUCCGCUACACUCCCACUGAUGGUGUACCCUUACCUUAUCCCACCUUGUAUCAUACUAUUGUUGGCAGUUUGGUUUAUUUGACUAUUACUCGCCCAGAUAUUGCUUUUGCUGUCCACAUCAUGAGUAAGUUUGUUGCUUCACCUACAUAUGUGACUCUUAUUUCUUGGAAACUCAAGAAGCAAGCAGUUGUUUUGUGCUCUUCUACUGAAGCUAAAUAUCAUAUGAUGGAGUCUACUAUGAUUGAGAUUGUGUGGUUAUAUUGGUUGUUGGCUGAUAUAGGUGUUAUAUUUUCUGCUCCUAUUCCUCUAUGUUGUGACAAUAGGAGUGCUAUCCAAAUUGUAAGGAAUUCAGUGUUCCAUGAAUGGAUCAAACACAUUGAAAUUGAUUGUCAUGUCACCAGACAUGACCUUCAGCAAGGAACUAUUACUUUGCGCUUUGUUCCUUCCUCCAUGCAGAGAGAGAGAUUGCAAGCAACACAACCCCCACUGGCCACCACCCCCAUUCCUCUCCUCACUCCAUACAAAAUGGGAAAGUUCAACCUCUCACACAGGAUAGUUUUAGCACCAUUGACGAGGAGCAGGUCAUACAACACGAUUCCUCAGCCACAUAUUGUCGUGUACUACAGGCAACAGGCGACAAAGGGGGGUUUGCUGAUAGCGGAGGGGAUGGCAAUCUCCAACACUGGACAAGGGUACCCAGAAACCCCUAGGAUAUGGAUGCCGCAACAUGUCGAAGCUUGGAAACCCAUUGUCGAUGCUAUCCAUGCCAAGGGUGCCUUCUUCUUCUUCCAAAUCUGGCAGGUUGGUCGUGUCUCCACUUAUGGUUUCCAGCCAAAUGGGGAAGCCUCAAUCUCAUGUGGCACCAAGGGACCGCUUAUGCCACAAAUCGGGAAACCCAACAUCACGCCCGGCAUCGAAGGAGUGGACUGGUCGCCGCGGAGGACCGACGAGAUCCCCAACAUCGUUCGCGAUUUCCGGCUCGCCGCACGAAACGCCAUCGAAGCUGGCUUUGACGGCGUUGAAAUCCACGGUGCCAACGGCUACCUCCUGGAACUGUUCAUGAAAGACCAAGUGAACACCGAGCGAGAGGCCCAGUACGGCCGCAGCCUGGAGAACCGGUGCCGAUUCCCGCUGGAAGUGGUGGCGGGAGUGGUCGACGAGAUCGGCGGCGACCGGGUGGGGAUGAAGCUGUCCCCUUGCGCUGAUUACCUGGAGACCAAGGACUCCGACCCGGAUCGGCUCGGCGUCUACAUGGCGAACGAGCUGAACCGGUUCGGCAUCGCGUACCUGCACGUGAUUGAGCCUAGAAUGGCGAGGAUCGGGGAGAGGAUGGAGACGCCUCACAGCCUUCUCCCGAUGAGGAAGGCCUUCAAGGGGACUUUCAUCGUCGCCGGCGGGUACAACCGGGAGGACGGAAACAGAGCCAUCGCCGACGACUACGUCGAUUUGAUUUUGACGACUACGGAAGAAAAUACUUUACCAACUUAA